AUUAAGGUAAGAGGGAAAAUUCAUCUCAUGGACACAGAGGUGCAUGAAGUAGAUGUUACAACAUUUAUUGGAGUAGACAUUGAUAAACAUUUGACAUGGAAAAAUCAUAUUGCAAAAAUUAAAUUAUGCAUACGCAAGAAGGUUGGUAUUCUCUAUCGACUGAGACACUUCGUACCACGAAGUAUUUUGAUUCUGCUGUAUAAGACAUUCAUACAGCCCCACAUCACAUAUGGUAUUGAAGUCUGGGGUGGAGCUAGAAAAAUGAUCUAGAUUCUAUAUUAUUAAUUCAAAUAAUGGCAGUGCGUGCGAUAACAUUCAGUACAUAUAUGACAAGAUCAGCACCAUUAUUCAGGGUUCUUAAGAUACUUGACAUUUACCAACUGUAUAGAUUAUCUAUCUGUAGUUUCAUGUACGAUCUAAUUAAUACAAAUUUGCCACAUUCACUGCUACAAUAUUGUUCACUGAUUCAACAUAGAUAUAAUACAAGGCAAAAGGAAGACGAGAAUCUGUGUAUACCAAAGGUUAGGACAAGCUUGGGAAAGGAGUGUUUAUCUUAUGUAGGCACAACUUCUUGGAAUGAGCUACCAACCAAAAUCAGAAAGAAACCAUCAAGAUCAAGUUUUCGUAAAGCUAUUGUCGAACAUCUGUUGGAAUAAUGAAUUUUGAUACCAUCUAUAUGGUAGUUUUGUAAACAUCUAGAUAUCUUUCAUAUGUAAAUGUAUGUAAAUACUAAUUUAGUUAAAUUGUUAGGUAGUCAUUGCUAGAAUGUAUUAGUAGACUCACGAUUUUCAUUCUUAAUAACAUGUUUCUAUCUAUCUAGACUAGAAGGGGCCAGACUUGACUAGCAUUCAUGCUAUUUUCUGGUUCCUAUUCUUGCUUUUUUAUGUAUCCAUAAAUUAUUGUCUGUAAACUUGUAAAUUGGUAUUAUCAUUGCAUUGGAUAAUAAAUAAAUUCAUUCAUUCAUUCAUUGAUCGUGGAACCGUAUCCCCCAAGCUGUUUUCACAGGGGUCAUUUAUCGCAGCAGUUCCCUAGAAAAGGAUUAGAAAUAUUUGUAUUUAUUCCAUAGUCGAAAACUAAAAUCAUGAAAACACUGUUAUUUCGAACUAUUUGCAAGUACUCCUUCCCACUCAUUUUGCUAUAUAAAAAUUUAUUGUAACAAAAACUCGUGACGCACGCUAUGAACCAAUAACAAUCUGGUACCACAAGGCCAUUUGAAACAAUAUAGGGCUUUGAAUUAUGACAUGGAAAACUGAACACCGCCGAAAUGAUUUUGAACUUUAGGUGGAUAGAAUGAAAGGGCGUAUAUGCCUGGCUAAUUCAUAACUUGGCCUGUUGUCGAAUUAGCCACGAAUUCACUUUAUCGUUGGCGAUACGUUGUAAUUGAUAACACGAGAGUCCACUCUUCACUUAAUAAUACAUUAUCCUAAUGGCUUUGUGGAAUUAGCGAUCUCGGUAGCUCAACUUAAGGGCAAUGUCGGAUUUAAGCGACAUUACUCAACAAAUUUACUGGAUCCAUGACUAGGUGAUGGGGGCAAAUAGCUCGUCUUGGUUGUCUGAUGUCGAUCGGAAAUGAGAUCUUCUUCAUCACACCAACACUAACAUGACUGAUGGACAAUUCGCAGUUUUUCCUAUUUGGAAACAUGCUUUGAAUGAAUGCGGACAUUUUGCAAUUUACCGUCAUGGUUGCUAACAGCACUGACCUGAAUACCUGGUAUACUGCCAGUCAGGAAUGGACUCAUGAAACAGGAAGUGAGGGGUACGCCUUUGAUUUCAAACAGAGGAUAGGCGUUUCUGUUAUUUACUCUUUCAUUGUUUUAUUAGGUGUCACAGGGAAUGCUUGCGUCAUAUUGGCUGUACUGUUCUCAAGAAAGCUCCACACCCCUACCAACAUCCUUGUGGUAAAUCUCAGUGUAACCGACUUCAUUACCUGUUGGUCUCUUCUCAUCCAAAUUAUCGUUCUCUUGAACUCAGACCAUGUCCUCAGGUUGGUUCCGCGUCCUCUGUGCCUUCUGGCUAGCGGAGUCACCUUCGUAGGAACUGCCUGUAGUCUGAUGACGCUGACACUGAUUGCCUUCAUGCGUUGGUACGUCAUAACCCGCAGCAUCAGAGGUCAUACAGGACUCAACACUACUAGGAAGGUUGCAGCAAUGAUAGUUUUUGUGUGGACUACCUCGUUGAUCGUAUCAUUGCUUCCACCCGGUCUGGGAAUAGGAACCUUGGGUUAUAGUAUCACCUAUAAGCAAUGUUGUACCGUAGAUGAUAAUCAUCUCGUCAAAUACUACAGCAUGAUGCAAGGCUGCGGGUCCUUCAUCCUUGUGAUGCUUGCAGUGUACUUUUACACUUCUAUAUUCUUAUUCGUUCGCAAGAAUGACAGGAAGUUUACUCAAAGGUUUAGUCAUGGGAACAUCUCAUGUGAUGUCAAUGAAUUAAACUCUGACUUAAAAGAAGAGUCUAAGACAGAGGGGGAUACACAUCUUCCCACUCGCAGUCUUUCCUAUAUAGGGGGAAACGGGCAUCAUCAACAAGAUCAAAGCGAGGCAGAGCGUCGAAUGGUGGAGCAAUUUAGGAAGCGGGAGAUAACGUUGACAAAGAACUUAUUUGUGGUGUUCUUCAUUUUCGUGGUGUGUUUAGUUCCUUUCUCCAUAAGCCUUGCCAUUCCUGGUGGAAGCAUCGUCAAUAUCUACUUCGCUGUCGUGGUAUAUUGUAACUCCUGUGUCAAUCCCUUGAUAUACUGCCUAAAACACGACCAGUUCAAAGAGGUUUUAAGGCCAUUGUUGAGAUGCAGGUGGUCAAAAAUUCCGCAGCCCACGCAAAUCAUCAGGCACCUGUUUCAUUCAGAUCAACAUUCAGAAAUUAGCAACAUUUAUUCUUUAUCACGAUGAAAAUAGUCGCAAACAAUCAUCCAUCUUUCACGCACGUACAUAAACAUGACUUUCUUUACCAGGCUAAUAUUGAUUUCUGACUUGAAAUCCUAAAAGUUUCGAUGAAAGGUUUGUCAAGUUGAUCUUCAAGAUUUUCUUUUUUGAUGGGACAAAAUUUUAAUGUUACAUUAUAUUGGACUUAAAUGAUCGUUAAAACAGGAAUAUAUGUUUGGUAUAAAAUCCAUUAGUAAAGAAAAAAACGUACUCAGCAUAUUGCACACGUGGAAGUAGAUAUAAAAACAUUAUAAAUGUAGACUGUAGUUGAUAAAAGAGUUUUUAUUAUCCCAUCUCAAAAAUACCAUAGUUAACUCUAACAAAUAGGAGGAAGAAAGAGAUUUUAUGUAAAUCUGUUAGGUUUCAAUUAAGAAAUAUAUGUCGCAUACGAAAGUACAUAACAGUAGAUGCAUGUCAUCAUGCGGUACGUAGUCAUGUACUAUGUCGGAUCGAUUAUAAUGCACUCCUUACAGAAGUUCCCCCAAAUGCACGUAAGGCGACUACAGAGUCUGCAAAACUGGGCAGCACGUAUUUCACAAAGCUGACCGUAGACAUGAUACUAUUCCAUUAGUAAGGGCAUUACACUGGCUACCAGUUAAACAAAGAAUAUUAUUUAAGAUUCUUUUGUAUGUAUAUAAAUCAUUUCAUGAUCAUGUACCAAAGUAUAUCAAGGGGGCACUUCAGGUUCAUAAUCCUAAACGACAAGGUUUGCGGUCAGGUGGAGAUCAUCUUCGACUAACCUAUCAGACAACCCGGAGUAAGGCUGGUGAACUUAGUUUUACUGUU